UGACAAUCAGUUUGGUUUCGAGUCUCCACGUGUUUGGAUUGUUGAUCAUAGAGAUCCGUAAACAUUAAUUAUCUACAAGUAAGAAUGGCACCCCCGGAAGCGUCUGAUAUUGAGGUGCGCCAGGUGUCCCCUGAGGAUGUGGGCGACAUGAUGACCUUCCUGCUGACCCACUAUUACCCCGAGGAGCCCCUCACGGUGGGCACCAGUCCCCCGGAACCGGAAACGGCGGAUAAGGAGUUCCUGCUGUCCAAUGUGCCAUUCGGCACUUGCUUUAUGGCUUUCUUGGAUGGCCGGAUAGUGGGUGCCGUGGUGGCGGGACCCAAGGAUAUCCACGAGCCGGAGCACUUGGCCGAGGAGGCCAAGAAGCAUGCCGGCAGCAAGUGGGGUCGCAUACUCCAUCUGCUCAGCGCCGUGGAGUCCGCCUCGGAUGUCUGCCGGCGGUUCAAUGUGCCGAGCAGCCUGCACGUCCACGCCCUGGGUGUGGAUAAGGAGCAGCGGGGUCGCAAUCUGGGCGCCCGCCUCAUGACCGCCGUUGCCCAGCGGGCCAGGGAUCUGGGCCACCCCCUCGUCUGCGUCGACUGCACCAGCGUCUUCUCCGCCCGUCUCGUCCAGCGGCUGGGCUAUCAACUGGUCAACACCCUGCGGUACGAGGACCACCUGGACGCCAGUGGCCACCAGGUCAUCCGUCCACCGCCGCCCCAUGAAAGUGUCCAGACCUUCGUGCUGCAACUCUAAAAAAAACAGAACCCUGUUACCGGGGAACCUUAUAAUCUUAUCGUUUUACCAUAGAGCCAUAACACACCCCAAAACCCCAAAACGGUUAUCAAUUCCUUAUCGCAACUAUGUAUACUCGUAAUAGCCCUUACAAUGUCGCAAUCUAUGGGAAGGUAAAGUGUAGCAACUUUUGUGUUUCGGUAUUAGUAUGUAUUAGACUUCUUAGAUCAUUAGUCUUAAUCUAACUUGUUUCACUGCCCACAGAUUCUAAUAAAGGUAUUUUGAAGUAAACAAAAUUGUUCUUUAAAUAAAACGUUGUAUAAUCCAUUUAAUCGAAGGGCUUUGAAUAUUUAUGUA